AUGCAGCCUGCACGAGUGGAUGCGCGCCUCUGCAUCCAGCCUGCAAAGUCCGAGGCCAUGAUUUUUGCACUACGCCUGCGGCCGGAGCACAUGGCCAGCUCGUGCACACCUACAGGCUGCCGCUCUCACUCCCAUUCCCAUUCCCAAAAGCCGAGUGGUCCGGCGAAGGGAGCAACAGCAAAGGCCUUUCGCCAUGCGCACCUACAAUCCCUAAACCCUCGUCAUCAAAGCAGCUCCCAUGCAUCACCGCACGCUUUUCUCUUUGCCCGUUCGCAAUCGGUACCGUGGGCCAAAGAACUGCAAACAGUCCACGCCUCUACAUGCAGUAACAUGCAGUGCCUGGUCAUGUCCUGGGAGGCCAAUACUAUGGCUGGCCGGUGGCCAGUGCCGCCCACCGACGACUACCUUCGCAUGUCGGCCCCCAUUGAGAUGCUCCAGGUACAAUCGGGGAACCGAUGUCCGUUAUACCAAAAUGGUCUCGAGGGAUUCACAGACGUAGCGUUUGUGUAUCUGCAGCAAAGGCCCCUCGUCCGCUUCCUCCACGUCUCUGUUCGCAACGUCUUACACUUCUCCCACGGUGAACGCGUAACCCUCUGCACAAAGUCUGGAGGCGGUCAAUGGCCGAUUCUCUCCAUGCAUCGCAAUACACUUCUCGAUCUCGAUCGGCCUAUAGGAACCUGCCUCAGCUGGCGCUGCUUAUGUCGACGAUAUCUCCAUGUCACGUCCAGACUUUUGACCCCCGACCGGAGCAUUUGUACUGACGACAUAGGCCGCUGUUGCUCCCUGCCGCAUGUGCUCGGUGCUGUUCGUGUGGCAAGCUCUGACUGGCUAGAGGAUAAGAAUAUGUCCGUCAUUAUCGUGGAUGGCGUCGUCUCCACCCAGCCGAACAGGUCGUUACCCCUUGUCUUAAUACCGCUGAAACAAGACCUCAUAUUCGGAAAGUGCUCAUCACUUUGA